AUGGAGGCAAUUUUGUUGGAGCUACUUGUUGAGCAAUGCUUGCUCAUUAAGAAGCCCGAAUCAGCUUUUAAAAAUGAGCAAUGGAGUGCAAUUGAGGAGAAGUUCAAUAUCAAUCUUGGAAUGAAUUUGAGAAGGGAUACUUUUAAUAAUAAACUUAGAACGUGGCCAAAUAACUACAAGACAAUAAAAAAAAUGAAGGAUCAAAGUGGCUUUGGAUGGAAUGAAGAAUCACAUAUGGGCAUUAUCGAUGAAUCUAUAUGGGAUGCCUACAUAAUGUCUAAUCCGAUUACAAAGAACGACAAAGGGAAGUCUUUGAAAUACUGGAAGGAACUGAGCAUAGUUGUCGGCAAUGAUUUUGUUGAGGGUGCUGGUGCUAGGACGGCAACACAACUAGAGAGGGACAUUGAUGAUGGUCGAGAGACAAUUGUAGGCUUAGAUAAUGAUGAUGGUGUUGAGGAAAUAGGUGAUGAUGAGAACUUCCCACAGACACCGGUCCAAUCAAUGACGAAUCGAAUGACCACCAAUCUAUUUGAGAAAUCAACAUCGGUUAUGCCAUUGAAGAAGAAAAAAAAAAUCAUGGUUGAUAUUGUAGAGUCGAUAGGUAUAGCUGUGAAAGAAAUUGGUGCUGCAAUUUUAGAGUUGAAGAAACUGGCAGCAAACCCACAUAUACGAGAGGUCUAUAGAGCUCUUAAAUAG